UUAAAAAUAAAAUUAUUAUAUUUUAAUAAUUGAUUUUCUUAUGAUACAAAAAUAUAAAUAAAAAAAAAACAGACAAUAUCACAUAAUUCGUUUACUUCUAUCUGAACGAGAAAAAUGGUGGUUCCCAAUAUUUGAGGGGCUUUAAUUUUUUUAAAAAAAAGAGGAAAGUGCCUCCUAUAUUUUAUUUUAUUUUUGGAAGCCCUUGCCGAGAAGUCCAGAAGUCGUCCCACUUACUUCCGUCUGUUCAAAAGGCAGCAGUCUUUCUCUAAUUAUUGAAUUCCCACUUGCGCGGCGCUUCAGUGGGGACGGCGCACGUUAAUCAAAUACGCGCUCGCUUGCGCCGCCUUGUCGACGCCGACACUUCCCCACGCCCGCUCGGUUAGCCUCCUUCCUCAUUUAAAUCGUCAACGUACCCAAUGGGGAAGAUUCUACUCGCAGCUCAAUUCGUUUUCCUCACAUUCCUGUCUCAUUCAAACACUCCGAAAUUUCAACCCCCGCGAGGAAAAAACCUCCCAAUUUCUAGUGCUUUCCUGCACUUUUUUCCUUCAAAGCCGCUCGAGAUCGUCUCCAACUUAGCAAACUGAGAUCUGCGCCAUCACUUUCUUUCCAAAACUAGGGUUUAAUUUAAUCAAGCAUUUCAAUUUCAAAGCUAUCAGGGUUUGAGGUGUGAUCAGGUUGAAAAUAGCUGUUAAAUCAGUUCUUGAUUUGGGAUUAGUUUCUAUGGAGUCGAAGACGGCGGUGAGGUUUACACUGGGGAAGCAGUCGUCGCUGGCGCCGGAACGGGGACACGGAGCGCCAGGGGAGGCCGUUGACGCGGAAGAAGAUGUGGAGGGAAUUGAUCGGAGGGUGAAGCUGAUGUAUCUGGCCAAUGAGGGUGACUUAGAGGGCAUUCAGGAGCUCGUGAAGUCGGAAACUGAUGUGAAUUUUCGCGAUAUUGAUGAUCGGACAGCCCUCCAUAUUGCCGCGUGCCAGGGAUACAGUGAUGUUGCGGAGUUGUUGCUUGAGCUAGGAGCUGAGGUUGAUCUGAAGGAUCGGUGGGGUAGCACGCCUCUUGCAGAUGCAAUAUAUUAUAAGAAUCAUGAUGUGAUCAAACUUCUAGAGAAACAUGGUGCAAAGCCUCUGGUGGCUCCCAUGCACGUCAAAAAUGCGCGUGAAGUGCCAGAAUAUGAAAUUGAUCCUAGUGAACUUGAUUUCACCAACAGUGUUGAUAUUACUAAGGGAACAUUCCGUAUGGCGUCAUGGCGUGGAAUACAAAUAGCAGUAAAAAAACUUGGGGAAGAAGUAAUUACUGACGACGAUAAAGUGAAAGCAUUCAGAGACGAGCUUGCAUUACUUCAGAGGAUGCGCCAUCCAAAUGUAGUUCAAUUCUUGGGUGCUGUGACUCAAAGCAGUCCAAUGAUGAUUGUAACAGAAUAUCUACCCAAGGGUGAUCUUCGUGCAUUCUUGAAGAGAAAAGGAGCACUAAAACCCACAACGGCUGUGAGAUUUGCACUUGACAUUGCAAGGGGAAUGAGUUAUUUGCACGAGAAUAAACCAGGACCAAUAAUUCACCGGGAUCUCGAGCCUUCAAAUAUAUUGCGGGAUGAUUCUGGGCAUUUGAAGGUUGCAGACUUUGGAGUUAGCAAGCUACUGAAAUUUGCCAACACAAUCAAAGAAGAUAGGCCUUUAGCCUGUCAAGAUACUUCUUGCAGAUAUGUGGCUCCGGAAGUUUUUAGAAAUGAAGAAUAUGAUAUCAAAGUGGAUGUUUUUUCUUUUGCUUUAAUACUGCAGGAGAUGAUUGAAGGCUGUCCACCAUUUCAAGCAAAGCAAGAGAACGAUGUUCCUAAAAUAUAUGCUGCAAAAGAGCGCCCACCUUUUCAAGCUCCAGCUAAGCGUUAUGCAUAUGGUCUUAGAGAGUUGAUAGAGAAUUGUUGGAAUGAGAAGCCAGCCAAGAGACCAACAUUCGGGCAAAUAAUAGCUAGAUUGGAAUCCAUUUACAACAAACUCGGUCACAAGAGGCGCUGGAAGGUUUCUAAGCCCCACUCUGUGUGUGUGUGUGUGUGUGUGUGGGCUUGUGCCUGUGGCCGUGCACUUGCAUGUCCCUCUGUGUAUGCAUGCAUGCAAGUGUUGUGGUUUAUUGCAUUUACAUGGGAGAUGCUGGUAAUUUUAUAAUAGUAUAGGAACAGAAUGCCCUUGACAACAUUGAUUAGUUUUAACAUUGGCAAGAGACAGUUUCCCAUUUCUGUUUACAUGAUCCUCUUAUUAUUUGUGUUGUGGUGUCAUGAUUGAUGGAUCACCUCUUGGGGAUUGGAUGUGCCUUCAAAGUUGCACUAGCCAAUUGAACUUUGAUGAAUAGCUUUUUGUUGAAUGCUCUAUAUUGUCUUGGUCUCAGUUCAUGGAAGAUGUGAAGGAGCAACAUGCAUGAACACGCAUAGUGCUGUGUAAGCUAGUGGUUUAGCCAUCUCAAAUAGUUCCUUAUCAUGCACAAUGUUGCAACUUUGGGCCUUGUCACCAUAAAAUCCCUGUUAUAAACUUAUGCAUGUGUGGGUCCUUGCAUAAAAAAAUAGUUUUGUCAAACAUUCGUUGAUCAUAUUGUACUCAUGCAUUCACAAAAAUUUUUCAAUUUCCAAAAAUAUUUUGUUACAACUAAAUUUGUGAAAUGAUUAAAUUAACCUGAUUUUUUGGUGUGCAUGACAUGCGUAGGGAAGACAAAAAUUCAGUCAAGCCAUUUAAAUAACAAUAAAAGAUCUAAUUUUUAAACUGAACUAGAAUUAGUGGGAGAAAAUGGUCCAUAUAGAUUAACCUAAAUAUUUUGGCUUAACAUAGUCUUGUCAUUGUUGUCAUAUGGUAUACCAUGUGGGACCACCAGAUGGCAUGGGGCGUUUGUUGUGAAAUGGUGCUGGCAUAUUUCAAGAUUUCAUGUGCAGUGGAGGAAUAAGACAUUAGAGAUGAUCAAUCCCAUCAAGUGAUUGAGGUGUUGGGUGAAUUAGUUGGUCUUAGCAUCUCUUGAGAACUGGGAAUUGAUUUGUAAUGGUGGUUUAUGGAGCUCUACGGAUUCAUUCUUCCAUGCUCAUGCAUACAUGCAUAUGGCUAUUGCAACUUGCAAGAAAACAAGUAAAGAUCUGAAUUAUGCUCCACUUUUCUUUUGUUUGCGUGAUCUGUUCAGGUUAGGCCAUUGAAAUGCUUCCAUAAUUUUGAUGCCAUGUGGAAGAAAGAUCAGUCAAAUUUUAGCAGCCGCAGUCGUUCAUCUCGUUCUACUGGUCGCUUAUAGUGACUCGAAAGGGCGCGGAGGCUCAUUUUUUUCCAACUUUGUGGGAGAAAGGGAAGUUUAUUUUGUCCAAGGGAAGUUCAUUUUUGUCAUUUUGUGUGUAAUUUCACGACGAUCUCUUGAAUUAAAGGCUUCUGAUUUUCUUAUUUUCGAUUGUGAUUGUGGGCUGAAAAAAAAAGUCCACAUCAUGUAUGAAGUAGUUUGAUUGUGGUUGUACAUUAUGUGUAUAAUUACAAGGUUUGCUUACAUGAACUCAUGAUAUCUUCUGACCAA